AUGGGUAAAGCUGUUGCUGAAAAAUUCGUGGGAAAAUGGAAGCAGGAAUCGACCGAUAACAUCGAAGAGCUGAACACGAAGCUCGGAUUCGGCUGGGCGACACGAAAAAUUGCAAACAUGAUGGAUGUCUACAUCGAAAUCACCUGCAAUGCCGAUAGCAUUCAUUUCUCAACAAAAACGAAGCUGAAGAACAUGGAAUCGACCCUCCCCUACACCGGCAGCUCCGACCAAAAAGGUUUUAGCGACGAGACAAUUGCCACGACCAUCACUUACGAAGGCGACGAUAUGGUCAUCAAUGGCAAGGGAGUCAAAUGCGGCGACAAACUCGAGGAUUCGCGUCGAGUCUUCUCCCUCCGAGAUGGAAAACUGCACGUCAUCCAGACCGUAGGAGGCGUUACCGGCACUCGAGUUCUUGUCAAACAAUAA